CCUUAAGGCCUCGAAAGCUCGAGCCGCCGAGUAAAUUAUGCAGGGUUUGGCGACUUCCACCGAUCGUGUCUCCCUUUCAUUCUUCGUUCAAAGGAAUCAUGAGAGUCCAUUGCUAAAGAAACACUUGAAACCAACUAGAGCGUGCGUCUCCAAUGUUGUUGGUUCAUUUCCAACAUCAAGAAUCUCAAGACAGAUACAGAUUGUUCCACUUCUAGCAAAUCACUUUGCAUCUUCAUCAUCGUCUACCCAUAUACUUGUCCUUGACCGGAGAAUACCAAGGCGUGUGAGAGCAUCUGAAGACGAAAACUCAAUCACCCCAAUAGCAGCAAACGGAUUGCAAAACAGGUUGUUCAUGGUAUAUUGCUGCCUAGGCUUCAUAUGGAUGGUGAAGAACGAACUUUUGCCUCGUUACUUUAGGUUUCACAUGACUAUGGGAUUGCUUCUAGAUGCAUGCGAAUUCGUCCCUUGGAUUAAUAUCAAUGGAAGGUUAAUUAGGAUGUAUUACACGAUGCUGGUGAUGGGUUUUACUUUCAUACACCUCCUUGGUGACUUUAUAUAUUGGUGGUCUUUGCCCAUACUCGUCUUCUGUGGCGUUGUUGUGGUAAUAAUAUCGAAAGAACUUUGUACGUUAUUAGGAUUCUUAUGA